AAGAUGCAGAUAGUCUACUGGCGGACUUCAGAGAAUUGCUUGACUACCGGUCUCAUAAAUGCUCAGAGCCAAAUGAUGUACCAAGGACUGCUACUAAUGAAAAAGCAGAGACAAGAAACAAGGCAUGGGAAGAUGAGGUGAGAAGGCUGAGAACUGAAAAUGAGAGGCUCACUUCAGAGAAAAAUUCUGAGAUUUCUGCUCUCUUGGCAGAGAAGAAUUUCAUUUGGAACCAAUAUAACAAACUGGAGCAUGACAUGAAUGAGCAAUUGAGGAGCAAACGUACUGAAAUUGAGCUUGGAAAUGAGAAAAUACGUGCUUUUAUGAGUAACAUUGAGGAACUACAAUCAUCCAACACUGAUAAGGAUAAAACAAUUGCUACGUUAAAAACUGAAAUUGCCAAACUGGAAUCUGGCCUCGUCAAAAAGAGUGAAGAGCUAUUCAAACUUUCCAGAGAACUAGAGUUGCUAAAGAAGUCCGGAAGUGCCUCCGUCACUCCUUUGUUGCGUCAAUUCACAUCCGCAUCAGAACCUCCGAAGCACAGAACGGAUCGGAAGACUGUAACUUUCAAGGAAGAACCACAAUCUUCACAAGCUCUUGAAAAGAGAAGUUCAAAACGAAAAGCUGGUGAUAGUAUCUCAGGUGCUCCAAAACUAUUCACAUCCUCAUUUAAGGUACCUAAAUUAAAAACUUCAUCUCCUCUUGUGAUAUGACCUCGUCAACCGAACUUCAAGCUGUAACUAUAUUAGAUGAGUAGAUUCUUGGUGUAUAUGUUUGUUUGGGAUCUUGGUCAUUUGUAUUUUGACCCUUGUAUUAUCAUUCCCUUUUUUCUUCUUUCAAAGCUAUGUAAUAGUAAAUUUAGACUACAUUACUUGUUGAUGUAACCAAUUAAUUCAGAGGCACGUUAAUUUCAGUUGCAAGAUUUUUGUUGAAAUUGACGACUUUACUGAUCAGUGAAUGAUGAUGAGUUAUUAGAUU